AUCCGCUUGUAAAAAAUACAGCCAGGUGAGGCCAUGGCCCAUAUGACAGUGACAGUAAAUUUGCAGGUUAGGGGUAAAGGUUACAUUUUAUUAUUUAAAUAGUUUAUAAAUUAUUUACAUGAACAAACCUUUCACUAAGCUAGGCUACAUAAUCAUGAUAAGUUUCAACCGUAAAUCAUGUGGAUCAACGUAUUGAAUGAAACAUGUACCCUUCUCGAAACAUAUAAAGGCAGAGAUAAGAUUUUAAGGACGUUGAGCUAUGUGACAAAGCUAAUUGGUGGAGUACAGAAAAAUGAGGCUUUGGCCAAGAAAUUUUUUAUCUUUAGCUCCCAAAUGUCUGGGGCUAGAGCUACCCUUCGACUGCUUGAUGAUCUGCCAAUGAUACAGUACAAUCUUCAGUAUGGAACUGGAAAAAAUGAACCAGACAAAUUCAUGUCGCAGCUUGGAGUACUCACGAAUAUUAUCGACCAGCUAUACUACCCCAUCGAGAAAAUGUCAUGGUUUGCAGAACAUAAACUUAUAACUGGUGUAGACAAUAAUAAAUGGGAUACUGCUAGCUCUGUGUGUUGGGUCAUUUCUACCUACUUAACUCUUGUAAAGACUCUAAGAUAUAUUGCCGUAUUAGAAAAACAUAAAAACUCUGUAUUGCCAUUACAAAGCAUUCCUAUAGAAAAAGUACUAAUGACUCAAAAGUAUGAAAUCCUGACUGCUAUAAGACUGUGCUUGGACUUUAUUCAUGCAGUAAACACAUUACCUCCAGGAUUCUUAUGGUCGUCAAAACUGAAAGUGUGGCACGUUGGAUUUAUAGGUACUUUGUCGUCUUUAUUAGGAAUUUAUCAAAUUUUUUAUAAAAGAUCAUUGAAGUAAACUAAAUAAUCUCUCAGGAGACAAUAUGUAUAGAGGUUUCAUAUGUGAUGAAACGAACUUAUGUGAACUACUUAAGUGAUGUAAAGUUAAAAAUAGGUUUUAUUAUAUAAUUACGUGAUCACCUAAACUGACAUUGAAGAUAUGACUUUUAAUUUGUAAUUUUAAAAUAGUCAACCAAAAAAGUUGGUAUGUUUUAACAGACAUAAAAGAUUAUGUACAACAGUGGCGUACUGAUAGAUCAGCGGGACCUGGUUCCAGUUGGGAUGCGGGCCCGCUCGCCCAAUAAAAACACACAUUGUAUAUCAAAGUUUUUAAUAAACAUUAAAUAUAAAUCAGCAUAUAUCAUAAAAUAUAGAUAUCAUAUACAUAUUUAUAAAAACUCAAGCUAAUUUAUAGUCCAUUUACUCAGAACUUUUACUGUAAUUUAAAAAAAAACCGCUUGGAUUGACAUGCAAUUUGGCGUACACAUGGCUAACAUGUCAAAGAAAAAAGUGAUAUUGUGCCGAUGUGUACUUUUACCCUGGGGGUGAGUUUUACCUCUUCUCGGGGAUGGAAAAGCAUACGUUUAAGAUAAGUCCGGAAUUAAUAAACCGACUAAUAAUUCUAAGCAACUUUAGUUGAGCAGAGUUGUAGGUAAUAAAAAGAAGGUUUUUAUUCGUCAAAUUUCAAAUCGAAUAUUUCAACUUGAAAUAACCAAAAAAUGAAGCACUUUUAGGGAAAAACUCAUCGCAACUUUUUGAAAGUGUUUAAAAAAGCUUUAUUUUUGUUUUUUUUUUAUGAAAGUUUCUAGCAUUAAAAUUAAGUAUGUAGCGCUCAAAAUAAAUUUGGUCCCUUGUAGGUAAGUUAUUGGUGAUACCAAAAAUCUCAAGUACCUAGUAAAAAAAUAAUAUUUUUUAAGUAAUUAUAUUAUAGGUUUUGCUAUUGUAUUUUGGACUUUUUAUUUUCCUAAAAACAAAAAUUGGUUAAGAUAUGGCUGUUCAAAAUUUGCAUACGCUCGUGAUUAGUUACUAGUUUAAGCCCAUUUAACUGCAGCCUUUUCAAAAAUAAGCACUUUAAACCCAUUAAUCUUACAGAUGUUAUAAACAAUAAAAUGUAAAGUAAUUUUUGAAGUGGUAAUGAUUAAUUUAAUUUUGGAUGCUAAUUGGGAGUGAUUUUCACGAUUUUUUUUUACCAACAAAAAAAUGGACCAACAUUCUUUUGAUCGUAACUUACUUACUUUUGAUGUUAGAAAUUUUUUUUAAUACAAAAAAGCUUUUUUCAAAUACUUUAAAAAAUCUGAGUUUUCCCCGAAAAGUGCUUGAUUUUUUUGGUUAUUUCACGUUAAAAUAUUUGAUUUGGAAUUUGACUAGUAAGAACUCACUUUUCAUUAGCUACAACUGUGCUUCUACUGGGUCUAAAGACCUUAUACAUUCACCAUUUUUUUCACUUUUUUAUAAGCUAUAUUUUUGCUAAUAAUAUUUUUUUGAUAAAAUACUUACUUUUUGAGGUAUUUGCGAAAAACCGUCUGCAACGUGGUUUUUUGUUGAAAAAUAAACAUUUUCACUCGCAAAUAACUCGAAAAGUAUUGACUUAGUGAAAAAAAAAAGAAUGUGUGUGUACUUUGUACGCACGUAAGAAGUUAUACUUCUAUUAUAUGAUUUAAACGAAAUUAAUAUACUUUUUAUUUAUAUUUUGUUUAAAUAUUAAACUAAUUUAUACUUACUACUUCUCAAACAUUUUUAUUAGAACAGUGCCAAAAAUUAAAAUAAUAAAAGAAUAAAACACACACAAACACAUUAAACAAGCCACAAAUGAUGUCUGAAAAUUAAUUGUCGAAAAUUUUUUUAACUAAAUACGUAUUUUCUGAAAAUACAAUUAUAUAAUAAAUAUACUUACAAUCAUAAAAUGUAUUAAAAAAAAACAAAAAAGAAAGUUUCUAUUGGGACUCGAACCAGCGCUGAUACGAGCGGUUGGUAUUGGAAUUCACUCGCCUUCUCCGCGUAGCCACGGACACUAUGUGUCAUUAUUUACGAAGAUCGACUAACUAAACGGAUUAAACUUGUGAUAUUUUGAUAUUUUGAAAAUUGAUCAAAUUAUUUUAAUUUUGAAUUGAAAUGAUUUAGAAUUGAAAAAAUACAACAAAACAUAGAGCAAAAAACCAAUAUAUUAGGUGAAUAUUGAUAGAAAUUUUGAUGGUAAUCAAAUUAUAUAAAUAAGGGCCGGUUGUUCGAACGCUAAUCAACAAUGAUCACUAUCAAAUAUUUAAUUAAUGUCACAACUGUCAAUGUCUACUUUGUUUGGGUUGCUGAAAACAUAAUUGAUUACUAUUAUGAAAUUACUUAAUCAAUUAUGUUAAUAAUUGUUAUGUUAAUUGAUUAACUAAUCUCAUAAUUAUAAUCAAUUAUGUUUUCAGCAACCCAAUAGAAGUUGACAUUGACAGUUUUGGUGACAGUAAUUAAAUAUUUGAUAGUGAUCAUUGUUGAUUAGCGUUCGAACAACCGGCCCUAAAAGUAUUACAUACUAUGUAUUUUGGCAGAUCAAAUAGGUAGGUUUAUACCCAUGAUACAUUAACAAUUAUUACGUACCUGUUGCUUUUAAAAACUAUUUAAAAGUCACUACAAUAUUAUAAACUUUUUUGUUUCUGUCCUCACAACGAUAAAACUAAUAUAUUAUACAUUUGUUUACCUUUACCUCCAAACCACAGCUGCCAUAUCGGAUAAUUUUUGACAUGUCAUUUGAACAUCCAAUCAGAACAAAGUUAUAAUGCGCAUGCGCCUGGCUGAUAGGUUUUAACAUAUAAAAAAAUCACCCUCUAUCGCCGGUAAAGAAGUAUAACUUCAAAAAACGGUAUAGAAAAAAAGUUGCUUAGAAUUAUAGUUAGUUCAUUCAAUUCCGGACUUAUCCAGUCCCUGUGUUUCUUAAGGUGAUACAGUAGCGAUCAACAGGUAGCCAAAACGCGUUCCAAGAUUGCGGCUGUAAUUUUGAAUAUUUUUUCGAGAUAUUUGGCACACGUAUUCGUAAUAUAAUAAAGAAUGGCGGUACAGAGCCCAAUUUGAAAAAUAUAUUAAUAUGUGGAAAUUACUCUGUAAUUAAAUACAAUAUUAAAAAAACGAGCCUGUACCGCCAUUAAGAAGAACAAAAAAAUACACUUUCUUCAAAUAAACUUUUUUAUCCGAUGGCUAGAUUUUGUGUCAUUUUGGAACUACUAAUGAAAUAAAAAAUUUUAGUAGUUCCAAAAUUACACAAAAUCUAGGCAUCGGAUAAAAAAGUUUAUUUGAAUAAAGUGUAUUUUUUUGUUCUUCUUAAUGGCGGUACAGGCUCUUUUUUUAAUAUUGUAUUUAAUUACAGAGUAAUUUCCACAUAUUACUAUAUUUUUCAAAUUGGGCUCUGUACCGCCAUUCUUUAUUAUAUUACGAAUACGUGUGCCAAAUAUCUCGAAAAAAUAUUCAAAAUUACAGCCGCAAUCUUGGAACGCGUUUUCGCUACCUGUUGAUCGCUACUGUUUCCUCUUAAUAAAUUUUGUUUUUAAAUUUUUUAAUUUUGAUAUUGGUAGGAAGGUAUUCUUCGUUUUUAUUUAUAAGUACCUACACAAAAAUUAAAAUUUAUUAAGCAGUUAGAUUUCUUAGUGUGUACUGUGUACUUGUGUGGUUCAAAAUGUCCAUAUCGAGUUAGAAACAAAAGAAGCAAAAAGGGCGCUAGAGCGGGCCCCACGGGCCCUGGUUCCACGGAAUCCGCGGAACCAUGCUCAGUUCGCCACUGAUGUACAAAUAUGUGCCACAUUUUAUUUAAAAAUACCUUCCCUUCUUGGUUGUGGUACUUCAUUUUGAUGAUCGACCAAUCCUUUAACAACUACUCUAUCGAACUAAUCUGUUUUAUACAAUUUUUAUUCAUUUUCAUGUUUUAAUUAACCAGACAAUUUAAACAGUAAAAUAGUUACAAACAUUAAAAUAACGUAAAUUACAUCAAUAAUUUCAUGUUAAUCAGAGCAACAUUGUAUUUAAAUGCCUUAAUAGCAGUAAUAUUAAUAGCAGUAAAUCUUAAUAGCAGUAAUUACCAUAACAGUAUUUACAACAAAAAAAAUCAUUAAUACAUAAACUACACAGAACUAUAAAUAAAUUGUGAUAUUUUUGUAUUUAAAACUAGAGAUGGAAUUCCUAAGGAGAAGUUGCAGAGUAACAUUAAGAGAUAGAAUAAAUAACAGAGAUCAAGAGAAGAAUAAGAAUUAACUCAGAUAUAAUAGACUACAUAAACUUACGUGCAUAGGUGUAUGGUCAUUUUUGAUGUCUCAUAUUUCCUAAACCUGUUGGCCGAUUUAAGUGAUUUUUUGAACAUGUUAUAGCCUGAUUCUUUAACAUCACUGCAAUAAUAUUGUUACUAAACAGGUAAAUUUUCAUUGUAUACCAGGUGUACCAAUCAAACUGUGUUUUUUUCUCAAAGUUCGCAUCAACCUGUGGAAUAUUCUAGCAUUUAUAAAAUACUGAAAUUAAAACCGAACUAUAGCCUCAGCUUUUCUUAACAUUCUGUUUUUUGACUCAUUCGUUUAUGUUGGAUAAUAAAAAAGUUAGGUACUUUAACAACUAGACAUGUUCUUCAUCAAUACACUGUGUUUCUAAAUAAGUGCGACAAACUUUAAGGGGUAAUUCUGCAUGAAAAAAUAAUGACAGUUAGCUUUAUAAACAUAUGUCCGCAAAUGUUUCGUUUGCGGAUUUUUUGACAUAAAAUUAAGAAUUUUAUAAUUAUAUCUCUCAAUAUCUUCCUCUACAUCACUUCUAUCAUUCGCAUGAUGAUUCGUUUUGAUAGUUUUGACAAUGUCUGCAUCAUUAAAAAGUCUACAGACUUCAAAAUUGCGUAGUUCUGUUAGUUUUGUGUAAUGUAAGAUGUAAAAAUUUAUGUCGUCAUCAAUUCAAUAUGUUGAAAAAAAGUGUGAUAAUGGAGGGCCACUAAUAUCUCUUUCUUAUAAGACAGUUACAAAAAUUCCGUGAUAUCUAGAAACGUGAAAUUUGUUUAAAAAUACGAUUUAUAAACAAAUGUUCAACAAUCUGUUUUAAGACUUACUUUAUUAUUCUAAUUAAGAUAAGUCAUGGCUGCACAUGAAAAAUUUUUGACAAUAAAACCUGUUUGGAACUAUUUGAAGCUAGUGAUGUAACAAUUGUAAUUAUUCAUUAUAUUUAUCUACAAUAAGUAUAUUAUUGAAAUCUCUGUAUAUUUUGGUUCCUAUUUGCUAUAAUGUAUAUUCGAGGUGUAUUAAAAAUACUUUUAUAUGGUUGUGAUCACUAAAGCGCGAAGAUAUUGUUAUCCGUUAUUAUUCUAUUAUUAUAUGAAGAUUUUAUAAAAUUAUUUUAUAUAGAUUAUUUUUAAUAUAUCUACAAAAAUCAAAAAUCUGGCUAAAAA